UCUUACUCAGACCACCAACGACGAUGUCUUCAGUCUAUCCUUCACGCAAGUCUCCACCGCCUGCAAUGGCCAGUAUCACUCCUCCCGUCACCCCAAAGCUUGCCAACGCUCAUGCCUCCAAGCCUAAAGCUGACGAAGAACCAGCUGACAUGAAUAUCCCUGACAACUAUGUCACGUAUACACUUAAGCAUCAAAAGCCUUUGCCACCCAUCACAUGGGACAACUGGACAACUGAGCUUAACUGGCUCAACGUUGGUAUCCUUGGUCUCACUCCCAUUAUCGGCAUUGUCAGCGCAUGUUUUACUCCCUUACGUUGGGAGACUGCUGUCUGGGCUGUCAUUUAUUACUACCUCACUGGUCUAGGUAUCACUGCUGGGUACCAUCGUCUCUGGGCCCAUCGUUCUUAUAACGCCUCAAAACCUCUGCAAUACAUCCUUGCGUUACUUGGUGCUGGUGCUGUCGAGGGUUCUAUCAAGUGGUGGGCCCGUGGUCACCGCGCACAUCACCGCUACACAGAUACCGAUCUCGACCCUUACAACGCACACAGGGGUCUGCUUUGGUCGCAUAUAGGAUGGAUGAUCGUUAAGCCCCGUCGCAAGCCUGGUGUUGCUGACGUCAGUGACCUCACAAAGAGCGAGAUUGUAAGAUGGCAACAUCGCCAUUAUUUAACUUUGAUUUUCAUAAUGGCCUUCGUCGUGCCCACUAUCAUUCCUGGGCUUGGAUGGGGCGACUGGAAGGGUGGUUACGUGUACGCAGGACUUUUGAGACUCGUAUUUGUUCAUCACUCCACUUUUUGCGUGAACUCCCUUGCUCACUGGCUAGGUGAAACGCCAUUUGACGACAAGCACUCUCCAAGAGAUCAUCUUGUCACUGCUCUUGUUACCAUUGGCGAGGGCUACCACAACUUCCACCACCAGUUCCCUAUGGAUUACCGUAAUGCCAUCAAGUGGUAUCAAUAUGACCCUACAAAAUGGUUCAUUUGGGUUUGCAAGAAAGCUGGACUCGCAAGUCACCUUAAAGUUUUCCCUGACAACGAGGUCCGCAAAGGCCAGUUAACGAUGCAAUUGAAGCGUCUGCGUGAGACGCAAGACAAGCUUUCAUGGCCCGAAGAUAAUAGCCAUCUGCCUGUAAUCAAUUGGGAGAGCUAUCUGCAACAAGCUCAAAGUCGACCACUGAUUUGUGUUGCGGGCUUCAUCCACGAUGUUGGCGACUUCCUUGACGAGCAUCCUGGUGGUCGUCAUCUUCUUACAAAGAACAUUGGUAAAGAUGCGACCACCGCCUUUUUCGGUGGUGUAUACGAUCAUAGCAACGCCGCCCACAACUUACUUGCCAUGAAACGGGUUGGUGUUCUGCAUGGCGGUGCGCCUCACGGGUUAGAAGACAAGUCUAUUCCUCCCAGCCAACGGUUACGUAUUGCUCAGUACAACGAGAUGGGUGGAAGCGGAUACAGCUCUGCAGCUUGGUCUGAUGGGGAGGGCCUGAUGGGUUGAGGAGUCUUUCGGAACGAGGAACUAUGUUCCGUUUACUGCAUUCUGCAUUUUCCUCGUCAAUUUUAGACGCAUUCAUUGUUACAUUUUUCAGAACACUUUUUAAUCUACGAACUCGACUACGCACGCUCUGUUAUGUCUCUUGCACAGUUAUGAUAAUAGAUGAGAAUAUUUGGUGCAUCUAU